AUGUUCAGCUCGAAGCGCCUGGUACAAUAUAAGGCGGCCCUAAAAGACCAGUUCGAAAAGAGGCAACGGUCCCUCGCUAUCGACCGCUCCCUCAAGAGAGACUGGAACCGGAGAGUCCAGAGUGAAUAUAACAUUCUGCUUCUUGGCGCUGACCACAAGGGGAAAAAAGAGAUUAUGGAGGUUGUGAGGGGCUUUUACGAGGAUACUUACACGACCGAUGAGUUAGCAGGAUACCGACUCACGAUUUACAAGAUUCUGAUUGACUCCGUUAAAGCGUUAGUUAGUGCUAUGGAUAAAUCUGGGAUAGUACCAGACAGUAACGAAAACAAAAGCUAUUGCGCUUAUCUGAAAUCUUUUGCUGUUCCGCCGGCUGAUCCACAGAAGCCCCUGGAACCUAAGGUUGGUGAAGCUAUUGCUGCUUUGAGGACGGACCGUUUCAUCAAUUCCGCGCAACGGAUUGCUAGUCCAGACUAUCUCCCGACUCCCGCCGACAUCUCUCGGACACGAACAACCGACAGCUUCCUCGCCCGCUAUUCAAUGUAUAACACCAUUUCAAUGUGUGAUCUUAGCAUCCGACUCUUCGAUAGCGGUUCUGCAAGACGCCGGAGUCGGAAAUGGGCAGAAUGCCUCGAGACGACGGCCCAGAUGGUCAUCUUCGUGGUGGACCUCGCCUACUACGACGAGCCGUUGUUCGACGACAAUUCCUUCACCAGAAUGACGGACAUGCUGGCGCUUUGGGAAAGGACAGUCAAGUCUCGCUGGCACGAGCGCAUGCCGUUCGUGCUGUUCUUGAACAACGCAGACGAGUUCAAGGCGAAGCUGGGGCGAAGCCCGCUGGCGGAUUACUUCCCAGACUACGCCGGCGGCAACGACCACUAUAGUGCUAGUAGGUACCUGAUAGAGCGCUUCGAAGGUAUUAUAGAUCACGAGCGGAAUGAUUAUAUGUAUGCUAUGUUUACCCUGUCUUCCAAUGCUACACAACUGCGGGAUGUAUUCAUUGCAGUUGCGGUUCUUAUAAAUAAGAGCUUUUCCCAUGUCGCUGGUUUUUGA